AUGGACAUCACUAGUUUUGUCGUGUCUGCCCGGAACCAGGCGCUGCUAUAUGGCGAUUAUGCCACAUACCACAAAUUAGUCGUCAAGAAGCUACACACGUUGCGCAAAAAGCUAGGCAUCGUCAACAAGAAUAGGUCCAAGUUCACCAAGACCGGCCCUGUUUCUCCGGACCAGAUCGCAGAAAACCAUGCGUUCCUCCAUCUUGCUCUGCUCACAGCCGAGAGGACCUGGGCCCAUGCGAUGCGCCUCAAAGCUGUUCAUUCGGCUGAUUCCAAGGGAAUUACUGGCCGUACACGCUCUCACAUAAUAUCUAGGCUUGACAAAGGUGCCCGUACUGCCGAGCACUUGGUUCAGAUCCUCUCUAAUACCGAUAUUACCGCCGCCACCGACGUUGAUAUUCUGGAAGCGACAGCCUAUGCAGCCAUGAUCAGAGGCGCCGCGCAUUUCGAGGGUCAGAAGUGGAACGAAUGCAUGAAAAGCUACGCGACUUCUCGUAUAAUAUACAGUGCACUAGAGCCGCAAAAAGGCGACAUCUUGAAAGACCUCCUAUCCGAAACCAUCGAUCCUUCAAUUCGCUAUGCUGCGUACCAAAACAAAGUGCCACGGACCUUAGCCAUCCCUACCAUUGCGCGCAAGGCAUUCCCUUCGUCUGAUGAAGCUCUCGUGCGUCGGAUUCAGAACGUGGCUCCAGAUCUCUUGAAGAAGGGCGAUCCAGACGUCGCAAAAGGUGCAGCUGAUACCCCUAAUGCGCCCCACACCAUCACAUGGAGAUCGCGAGGUGUCAAAAUUGAGGAUGCCUCUAUUGCCCUCGCCAUAGGAUCGACUGAAUUAGCUACUUCUCGCUUAGCCGAGAAGCUGGAAUCUUCUGAUAUAGUACUCCCAAAGGAAAUGGCAGCAGCUUACGACGAAGUCCUCAUAGCGAGCCAGGACGCUGCUGAUGCCACGAAGCGUGCUAUUGACGAACUAAAGGAGGAGGGCGUGCCACAAAGCGAUAGCCGCAUACAAAGUCUGCAGAUUACCCGCACUGCCGUUAACUACCAGAUGAUCAGUUGGAGAAUUGGCCGCAACCGAGUCCUAAGUGGUGAGCAUGAUGGCGCACUUCUUGACUCUGCCCCAAAUACUACCCGGAAAUCAAAGAAAGAUGCAUCUUCACAGCAAGCGAAGAUUGAGCCACCCGGCAGGAAGAUAGCUCGCCUAAAGGAAAAAGUCGUGCUCUAUGAUGCUACCUUGCAAAGUAUUGAGUCGAUUAAAGAACUUCCCGGCGUAGCCGCUGACGACGGACUUCUUCAGCAACUGGAUGCUACUGCAAAGUACUUCCAUGCCCUCAAGUGCCUCUCCAUUGCACGCUCACAUUCUCUGGUUGAUCAGUCAUCCAAUGCUCUGGCCCUCAUCAAACAUGCAUACGACCAGUGUCAACAAUCUGCCAACUUCUUAUCCAAGAAUGCCACGUCAUCCUCAGAUUCUCCUAUUCUAAACAUUGAGAUUCGGCAAACAGAUGUCCAAUUCCUUCACGACCUUCUGAAAGGUGAGCUGCAAAGGUGCCGUGCGAUUGUAGAGAUAGACAUCCUGAGAGAGAAGGCAAAGUCAGCAUAUUCACAAGCCAAGAUUCCUCUGAUAGACAAACUUCGAGAGUAUCCGGCGGGCGGCGUAGACCUGGAAAACCUGGUUGACUAUCCUCCUCGGGUUCAACCUGUCCCAGUUAAGCCAUUGUUUUUCGAUGCUGCUUGGAAUUACAUUGACUAUCCCGGAAAGCCAUCAAUUGCCCCUGUUGAGGUAGAAGAGGAGAGACAGACAUCUACCCCCGAGCCAAAGAAGAAAGGGUGGAGUCUGUCUAAGUCAACAACGAGGAAUCGUCAGCGACGAACAGUGCCACUAUGUCUCUUUGUCAUAGCUUUGAUCUGCUUCUGCGCCAUGACCCUGGCGCUUGGCCUUGGACUGGGACUUGGCUGGAGGCGCUACGGAACCACACGGGACAAGGCCCCGUUCGACCACAGCUAUCCCGAUAUCCCAGACGACCUUGAAGUGGUCCAACCUGAUCAGCUUAUCAAUACAAGGGAACUAUCUCUCGAUAAUGGGUUCGUCGUGUCGGAUCAACCUCAAACGCGCGAAUACGUUUUGGACAUCACACAGGCGCUGGCGGCUCCUGAUGGUUUCCAAAAACCUAUGAUACUUGCCAACCGACAGAGCCCUGGCCCACUCAUUGAGGCGAAUACUGGUGAUACAAUUCGAGUCCGAGUCAAUAAUCACAUGUCCAAUGUGAGCACAGCUAUUCACUGGCAUGGCAUUGACCAGAAAGGAACGACAAUGAUGGAUGGCGUCGUUGGCGUCUCUCAAUGCGGUAUCCCCCCAGGCCAAAGUUUUACAUAUGAAUUCCGCGUGGACGACCAAAGGGGCACGUUCUGGUGGCAUGCUCAUUCAUCGGUCCAGUAUACUGACGGGCUCUACGGACCUCUGGUAAUACACGAUCCCAAGGAGUUGGUACCUCAACCCAAUGAUGAGAAAAUCAUCUUCCUGAGUGACGUGUAUCAUGCGUACGGGUCAGCUCUAUUAUCGAGUUACUUGAACCCGACCUCUAAGUGGGUGCCUUUUGAAUCAGGUGUCGAGCCGCUCGCAGAUAAUAUCCUUCUCAAUGGACAGAAUACGUAUGAUUGUGCCGUGAAGUCAACGACUUACUCGCCACCACCCCCAUAUGAACAAUCAUCGUCCUCUUCCACGUCCCAAUCUAGCUGCUCAGGGGGGCACCUUUACACGACGAAAGUCCGCACGGGAGAGAACCUGCGGUUGCGUUUAAUCAACUCGUCUUCAUUUUUCUCUUACUGGUUCAGCAUUGACAACCACAUGCUAUCCAUAGUUGAGCUAGACGGCAUAGAAAUAUCACCCAUCGACGCCCGCGGCGUAUAUUUGAACGUUGGCCAGAGGGCAAGCGUCAUCAUGACAGCCAACCAAACGGUUGGAAACUACUACAUUCGCGCAACUCUACCACAAACGUGUUUCCUACCGUAUGCGCCGUACACGAGCGCUGGACUGGCUUCAGCGGGAUACGCGGCAAGGGGAAUUCUAUCGUAUGAUGAUAUAUCUGUGGAUGAGAUGCCCAUUGGUACCAUUGGAAAUGUGAGCAAUCCGUACGGUAUCGAAAAUAAUGGCGUCAGGGGCGAAGUUUGGGAGGGCUGCGACGAUAUGCCCUUUGAUAUGCCUCAGCCUAUGCGCGAUAUACAAGCGUAUGAGGUUCCAGAGGAGAAUAAGCACUAUAUUGAGUAUAUGUUUCGGCAAGCACAGGAUGUCAAUCGGAUAUUCAUCAAUAAGACAGCUUACGCACCGCUCCCUGACAACGCAACGUUAUGGAAAGCAGUGGAACAAAAGUUCGUCGCUAGCGAGGCGAACUCGUACAACAGCUGGGACUUCGGGCUGAAUCAGCAAGUCUUGCUCGUCCCAGAGGGAGAGAAGGGCGCACAAAUAGUCAUAAAUUCACGGGAUGCAAUGGAGCAUCCGUGGCAUUUACAGUUAGUAGUAGGCUGGGGCGCAGGGCUGUUCGGCACAGCUUCGACCUCGUCUGAAAACAAUACGACAACGACAUGGAAUCUAAAGAAUCCAAUGCGCAGGGACACUGUGACGAUCCCUGCUUUUAGCCACAUAGUCAUACGCUUCAAAGCAGAUAACCCAGGUCUCUGGGCACUUCACUGCCACGUUGCAUGGCACAUGGAGGGAGGUAUGUUUGUCUCUAUAGCCGAGCGCCCAGAGGACCUUGUGAAACUCAUCAGUGAGAUGGACCCGACUACGCGCACCCUGAGCCAGAGUUUCUGCGGCGCGUAG